CAGUUAAAUAGGGUAUAGACGAGGUGCUUAUAGUGACCAGUCAACACUUUGUCAGUUGGUUAUUCGGAGAUUCUAAGUAAAAAAAAGUUGAGUGAAACUUUGACGGAAGGUUGAGGAGCAACAGGCGACACUCAAAUGAAUAUAGUGUGUGGUCUCUCUUAGUGGCAAUUUAAAUUUUUCUAUUUUCGCCACUUGUGCGGUUACCCACCUGGCAGUACCGGUUCUGUGUGUUUGACGUUGACCGAUGUCAUUUCUGUAGUAAUAUUAGGUUAUGUUAUGGUUCAUUUUGAUUUUUUUCGUUUGUGCCGACUAUUUGCUUUUGCACACUUGAAAAAAUAUAAGUAAAUAUUUAUGUUUAAACUUUAAAAUGAAUGAUAAGGCCUUCUCUCCGGUUCCGACUAAAGCAUCUUUAAAGAAAAAGUCAGUGGAAGUCGAAGUUACAUCUUUCAUAUCUUAUAAAUCAAAAAAACAGAAAUCAACUGAUGAUGUUCUGGAAUCUACAAAGAAUGAGAAUAAGGAUAAAAAUGACCAAGUAUAUAGCAUUAAACGUUUGAAACAGGAAAUAAAAUCAUUUACCUUAAAAAAUGCUGAAAAUCAAAGGGAAGCUAAAAUGCAGCUUGCUAUUAAACUAGGUGCCAAGCCAUUGAAGAAAAAAUAUACGAACUAUAAAACAUUACUCCAAGAAAAGCAGAAAGAAAAAGCAAGAGAAAAGAAAGAAGCAGCCUUUCAGCAGCUGGGAAAAAAUAGUCAUGGCAGAUGUAAUGCAAAAGGAAAGAGUUAUGAUAGAAAGAGGAAAAAAGAGAAGGAGGGAAUUUUGGGCAUUUAUGGGAAAGUUAAAAAGGUAAAUAAUUGAUAUUGCUUUUACUAUACUAUACUCAUAAAAUGCAGUUCAUUAGUUGCAUUUUGAAAUGAAUUAUUUG